ACCUGUCUAGCAGUGAACCACACGGCCUCACCUGUUGCACACUGACCUUCCUUCUUCCUUUCCUACGACUCCCUGCAGUUCCCUCGCCAGGACAGCUUCAACACCGAGUGCACAGCGUGGGACAUUUUCCGGUGUCCGUUAGACAGCCCCUCAAAGCCACUGCCUACGUAAGCCCAACGGUGCAAGGCACUAGCAGUAUUCCGGUGUCCAACAACUCACAGUUAUACUCCAACACUGGAAUCCCAAUGCCAAACAAAGCUGCCAGCCAAGGGAUUUUAGGGCGCAGUGCUCUUCCACGACCAUCGCUGGCCAUCAACGGCAGUGGCAUACCCAGAAGUAAAAUUGCACAGCCAGUUCGAAGUUUUCUGCAGCCUCCCAAACCUCUUUCGUCACUUAGCGCGAUGCGGGAUGGGAACUGGAGAGAUGGCUGCUAUUGAUGAAGAACCCCGAGAGCAGUGGAAGAAAAAUAAUGUGGAUUUCAUUACCCAGCUGGCUGGGUAACAACGAUUUGGGAAGGAAGGGUCAUAUGCUAUUGUUUCCCCUGAGAUUUUAAUAUUUAAACAUCCAUAAUGCAAAGUCAUUUUUUAGAAUAUCAACAUUUUAUUAAAUACUAAAUAUUGCACUUAAUCAGUUACCUGGACAGCUGUGUUGUUAUCAGCCUAACAAUGGCAGCAUUAGCAUUUAGAAAUUAGAGGGAAUAUUACAUGUGUGCAAAGUACCAAAAUACUUAAUUUGAAACAACACUAGGAGAUAAUCCUAUUUUGAGCAGCUUUGUCAUACUGAAAAUAUAAGAUAAUGUUUCAGUGUAAAAGAAUCAUGCAUUUUAUCUUGACCUGGGGGGGACUAUGUAAUGUGCUUGAAUUUUUUUUUUUUUUUUGUUAGUGUUUCCAAUACAUUUUAUUUUGUAUACUUACUUUCAUUUAAACUUGUCUGAAUCUUGAAAACAGAGAGAUAAUUUAACUUUUCUGUGCCAUAAAUAAUAUUUUUGGGGUAAUGUACUUUUUUAGCACUAGGGACAUAUCUUACAAAAAUAUACCAUUGGCAAUACAAAGCAGUAUAUUUAUGUUGCAGAAGCACAAAAAAACAGUAGCAUUCACUGGAAAUUGCCAUACAGCUGUGUCAGCAUGGUUUUGUUUUCUUUCACUGUUUGUUCAAUUGUUAAUUUAUUGUCAUAGUGUUUUGUAUUUAAAAAGGCAGCAUCAGUCACAUUGCACUUACAAAGAUACAGUGAUCUCUAAAACCACAGUUGGUUUUCAAUACUUUAUUAUCAAGAAUAAAAUUUUAAUGUUUUAUUAACAGUUGCUUAUGGAAGAUAAAUGAGUUUUAAUGUGAAUAAAUCUUUUUGAUAGAUCUUUUACAAAAUCCAAUUGCACUAAUCAAUGCUUUCUUAUAAUGGUAUAUGACUUAAUAUUUGAUUACAACUGUGUAUACUGCUGUUUUGGAAUGUUUCAGAAAUAAAGAAUCUAUUUCAGCAAUAA